UAAAAAAAAAAAAGAAGAGAAAAAGAAGAGGGAGAGAGAGAGAGAGAGAGAGAGAGAGAGAGAUGGGGUCGGAGGAGAUGGGAGUCCAGCGCCCGCACCCGAACUCCUGCUUCCCGACGAUCGACUUCUCGGGAGUGGAGGCGCGGAGUCCGGAGGGGCGGAAGUGGAGUUGGGUGCGGGAGCAGGUGACGGCAGCGCUCACUUCCGUGGGGUGCUUCGAGGCGCUGUACCCGCCGGUGGGCGCGGAGCUCCGCCGCGCGCUCUUCGGGGAAGCCGUGCGCGGCCUCUUCGCCCUUCCGCGCGAAGCGAAGCUCCGGAACGCGUUCGGCCCCGAGAAGCCCUUCCACGGCUACCUCGGCGGCCUCCCGGGCCUCGACCGCUACGAGAGCCUCGCCAUCGUCGACGCGCCGCGCCCCGACGCCGUGCGGGGCUUCGCCCAUCUCAUGUGGCCCCGUGCAAAUGGAAACCCUGCCUUCUGUGAAACAGUGCACAAUUGUGCCAAACUACUUGCGGAUUUGGAGAAGAUGGUCCGUAGGAUGGUAUUGGAGAGCCUGGGUGUGUUGAAGUACUACGAAGCUCAGAAUGAGUCCACGUGGUACCUGCUACGGCUCGCAGAAUAUGGAGCACCGCAUACUGAGGAAAAGCGAAUGGGGUAUUACUCUCAUCAAGACACCAAUACCUUGACUAUAAUAUGCCAGGAUCAGGUUGGUGGAUUAGAGGUUCAAACGAAGGACGGGCAAUGGAUUCCUGUCGAGCCUUCGCGGACAUCCUUCGUUGUCAUGGCCGGCAAUGCUCUCAGGGCUUGGACUAAUGGCCGAGUCUAUGCUCCAUUCCAUCGCGUAUGGAUGGGCGGAGAAGAGACGAGAUACUCUGUCAUGCUCUUCUCAAACCCGCAAAAGAGCCAACUGGUCCAGGCACCCGAGGAGCUCGUGGAUGAAAACCACCCUGCUCUCUUCAAGCCCUAUGACUAUAAUGAGUAUAUGCGCUUCUGUCUCUCAGAGGAGGGUGCCCAGAUAGAGGAUAAGCUUAUGGCCUUCUGUGGAGUGUCCAAAACAGAGGUAGCUCAGGCAUGAGUGGCUCCAGAGCCCUCUCCUCUCUUGGAGAUGGCAACUUGAAUUUCCCUAAAAAUGCGGUGUCUCUAAGUUGGCCUUAAACGUUCAAAGAUGCAGAUAUCUGUAAGUUGGCCUUAAAUGUAAUUAUCUAUAAGAUGUAAUAUCUGUCAUCUCAGGUUUCAUCAGAUCAAUUAAAAUUUGUCUGAACAUAAUGUAUGUAAGCUUCCCGUAUGUAAUAUAUGAUAAUCGGGUAUGUCUAGUUCAUGUCAUGUUGAGUUGAAGUUUUACUCUGUAAUUUUCAGUCAUGUUUGGACUGUGUUAUAUGAUAAUCGGGUAUGUCUAGUCCAUUUGACGUUAACUUACCGCAGGUAUGAAUUUUGUGAAUUUAUGUA